AACAAAUCCGAAGGCCGAAGCGGAAGAGCGAGACUCGCAAAGACGAGUUUUUAAAUAAGCGUUAAGAAGACAAAAGUUGACCCACGUAAAUCUAGUCCCAGUCCGGAUCCUCCCUCACUAAUUAGUCCCGGGUUUUCCCAAAGCGGUGCCGGAGAGAGCAGAGCAGAUCGGAUGGCGGAUGGGACUGCGCACUCGCGGUAUGUGAAGCUGACGAAAGAACAAGCGCCGGCAGAGGACAUUAAUCCCGGCGAGCUCAAUCAGCCCAUCGAAGUUCCUCAGUUGAAUGUUCACAGGUGUAACGAAUGUGGACAGCCUUUACCCGACAGCUAUCAGGCCCCUGCAGAUGAGCCUUGGACAACCGGAAUUUUUGGCUGUGCUGAAGAUAGAGAAAGUUGCUUGACAGGGUUAUUUUGUCCAUGUGUUCUGUUUGGGCGCAAUGUUGAGAGCCUAAGAGACGACACCCCUUGGAACAGACCUUGCAUUUGUCAUGCCGUUUGCAUUGAAGGUGGUAUGGCUCUGGCAGCAUUAACUGCAAUCUUCCAUGGCAUUGACCCAAGGACUUCAUUUCUUAUUUGCGAGGGUCUGUUAUUUUCUUGGUGGAUGUGUGGGAUAUAUACAGGUCUUGUCCGGCAAUCCUUGCAGAAGAAGUAUCAUCUAAAGAACUCGCCGUGUGACCCAUGCUUGACACACUGCUGCUUGCACUGGUGCGCCUUGUGCCAAGAGCACCGGGAGAUGAAGGGACGCCUCUCGGACAAUGCUGUGAUGCCAAUGACUGUCGUCAACCCACCCCAAGUUCAACAGAUGAAGUCUGCUGACGACAACCAGGACUCUGCUGCACCAUCCUCUACCAGCAAUAAUGGCCACACCAAUAUGGAGAUGCAGGCGUUGUAGGAUUUAAGCUAAGCGUCAUUUCACUAGGGUUUAAUGUGUGUGAGCUGCCGCCAUUGUUGUAAAAUGGUUUGAUGUCACAUACAAGGGAAAUCGUCUAUACAGUUGCUUAAUAUUAAUCUGUGAUUCUGUAUAAACCUCAAUCUAUAUAGAGUCUUAUCCUUUUCCAUUGCAGUGAGGAUUGGAGACAUUUUAAUUUUGAAAGAUUUCACUUCUAAUUGGAUA